CGCUCUCUCUCUCUCUCUCUCGCGCUCUCUCUCUCUCUCUCUCUCUCCCGAUCAACUGGCGGUCUGUCUUUUUUUUUUUCGAGGGGGUGGAGACUGACUGGCAGGGCGUGCAGAGAAUGGCGGUUCGGGGCCAGGGCGCGGCCUUGCCGGCAAGGGUGGCUUGGGUCUUGGCUUUGUGGCUGGGUCUGGGCUGCUUUUUGUCCUGUGCAGGCCAGAUGCGAACCUGCGCGCCCAAGGACCUGGAACAACUCGUGACCUACCUCACCACCACUCAGUGCCAGCUGAUUGAGGCGUCAGCCGCCAACUUCCUGGCCAACGAGGACAGCGCCAAGCAGUUGACAACCGCGCUGCUCAAGUCCACGACCAUUGAGGGCUUUUCGGCUGUCCGGUGUCAGCUAAAUUUGGCGUUUUUAGACGCCCUGGCCAAUGCCCUCGCUUCGGGCCUCCGACUACAGCAGCUUGAUCUGAGCCAUAAUCGUCUUCCACCGGCCGCUGUUAUUCGCCUUGCACAGGCCAUGCGCCGCGCACAAUCCGUUGAAGUCCUCAACCUCAUGAAUGCCGGCAUCGACGACGACGUUUUGGCUCAAGUCGGCGCGGACCUUGGGCAUGGUCCGCUACGCGACCUGAAUUUGGCUCGCAACGCCAUUUCAGAACACGGCAUUGAAGCUUUGGCCCAACCACUGCGGGAGCGAAAGCUUCUGCAGAAACUUGAUCUGAGUAUGAACCCCUUGGGUGAUCGCGGCGUUGUCUCCAUCGCAGUCCUUAUCAGCGAGGUCAAGUCGCUGCGUCAUCUCUCGCUUGCCGCAGUGCAAUCAGAGGUGAUUGGAGCCCGAGCCUUGGCUGCUACUCUACGACAGGGCAAGUCUCAGCUUCAAGUGCUAAUUUUCUCAAAGAACAAACAGCUGGGCGUGGUUGGGGGCGAGGUAUUUCAAAGCAUGUUGGUGGCCAACCCCACUAUCAAGUAUCUUGAUCUUUCGAUGAACGCCCUCGGCACUGCGGGCGUGCAAGCAGUCUUGCGAGGCGUCGGGCCGUCCCGCACGCUGCAACAGCUACUCUUGGCCGUCAAUGACGCCGGUGACGGUAUUCUCCCUGAAUUUGUCAGCAACAUCAUUGCCCACCCUACCCUCGAAGCGCUUGAUCUUUCCUACAAUUUAAUCUCGGAGCAGGGGGCCAUGAACCUCGAAAAAGUCCUGGUGGCGGCCACGAGCGCCAGCCGCAUGGGCACUCUGCGCAAGCUUUACGUGCGGCGCAAUGCAGCCGAUCACGCCACACUGCAACGGGUAUGCGACUUCCCCCGCACCACGCACACGGCUCUCCUCUCGACCACCAAAAAGCAUCGCUCACUCGCACGUGAGGGCAAGCAAAGUAGUAGUCAGAGUGGCACGUGUGAUGCCUCCUCAGCAGAUUGCGAGACACCGACCUCAGCCACCGAGGCUGAGGCGACCUCGCAUGGCAAGCGCCACUACACAGCCACGGAACAUCGGCGCUCGGCUUUUGAGAAUUUGGAGCGCAACCUCAUCAUUGUCUUGGCAUUGGCUCGUCUUGAGCGCUUGGCAGACGCCUUCUACGCCGCCGAUAUCACCACUUUGGCCGGCUUUGAGGCAGAGUGGCGUCAGGACGGCGGAAGCAGUCGGGUCUGCAUCCAGCGUUUGCUUGAUGUUCAGGUAUCCGUAGCCGAGAGUGACAAACUGGAUGUCAUGAUGCGGGAUAAAGCCCCUGGCCUCAUUCUUGCCGCCCAGCUGGCGGCCCGGAACAUCCCAAUCCCCGAUUUGAAAGAGAACCAAAAUUGA